AGUAAUGCUUUCUUCUCAGGUAGUGUUGUAGGUUAUCUGCCCGGAUAGUGGUGGCAUAGAAUCUGUGUGUUUCGUUGGGGAGCGAAUUUUCUGCACUCAUUUGAAUGGAUCCGUUACCAUUGCUGAUCCUCAUAGUGACAGUAUGAAACGACAACAGAUUUGUCCGACUACAUUGUGGUCUUCGUGCGCUAUUGAUGAUUCUCGUGCUGCUCUUGUGUCCCAUUCAGCUACCCUCUACAUAUUUGGACUCAAUGAGUUUUCCGUAUUAUCAACGCUAUCCCUUGGUGUGGAUCAAAGACUAUUCUGUGUGUGCAGCCUCAACAAUCUGGUACUGCCUUUUUUAGCUUUGUCUUUUGAAAGUGGAAUUUUGUGUGGUUUCAAGCGUUUACCAACUAUAGUAUGGAGUUGUUGCUUCUUCAACGAUAUCAUCCUAGCGAGUGGGGACUCUCGAGGAAUUGUUUCACUCUGGAAUCCUCGUAGUGGUGCUCUUGUAGGGGUUAGUUGCAUCCGUUUUGUUAAAGUACAUAAUAGUCGUAUUCAUGCUGCUGGUGUUGACCCAAGAAUAAUAAGCAUAAAACAAAUUGUAUGCCUCGCUACAAUUCGGAGUUCUCGUAUUUUUUUCUCCUAUAAAAAUAAGAACAUGGUUUGUCAUUUGCAGGCAGCCAAUGAUUUUCGCGUCGUACAAAAGCGAAAUGGACCAGCGCGAGAUGUUAGAGCUAUGGCAUGUUAUGAUGAUAAGGUUUUGUUUUUGUGA